AUGAAUGAACUGGAAAGAGAAGAUGUGCUGACAGAGCGCCGCGAUGAAAUUUCUCGGAGGCAACAGCAAGCACAACUGGCCGCCAUGGUGCGAACGCAGCAAGCGGCGGCGGCCAGUAAGUCGCGGCGCCAGUCAUUCUCGUCGUCAUCUAGAAGCAAGACAAAGUCGUCGUCGUCUUCAUCAUCAUCGAAGCUUUCAGAUGCACAGCGAGAGAAGCGUCGACGCUCUGACGUACGGCGCGAACUAGAAGAUUUGGAUGAUCCAUUCGCGGAGGACGAGUCUGAUCAGGAUGUGUUUCGCGAGUCUGAUGAAGAAGAUGGCGAGGAGGAAGAAGAGGAUGCUGGUGAUAAUGCAGGGAGUCGUCGGAUGGCCCGACGGAAGCUGGCCUCGUCAUCGUCGACAAAAGCCGACAAACUCAGUGAACUGCGGCGCAAGCGCGCGGAACGUGCGCAUGGUCGCGCGUCUCGUGCAGGUGAUGGCCAUGUCGAUGACAAUGACCAAGGCGACGAUGACGACGACGACGACUAUGCGAGAGGGGUCCGCGGACCGCCUCGUCGACGGCGCCGAGUGAGUUUGAGCGACAGCGAAUACGAGAGCGAGUCGGACUACGAGCCAGCGUAUUUGCCGCGGCGCGCUCGUGAAGAGUCGCCUAUUCUGUCGGCCAGCAGCAAAGAGCCACCUUCGCUUGAGCAACUGAACAGUGUGCGAGUAGGGCGCGACGAUUUGGAGCGCUUGCUGUUCCUUCCGAACGGCACCGACUUGGUGCGUGGCUGCUUCGUCAAGUGCUCGUGGGGUAUGCGGGAAAGUCCGCGUGGCGGGAAAGAACAUGUGUACCGGGUGCAUCAAAUUCUCGAUGUUCAGCAGCGAGACAAGUACUAUGAUGUGAGUCACGACCACGCAGGUCGCUGGAUGAACAGCUAUGUGACAUUCCGCUGGGGAGGCAAAGACCACCAUGUGGAUCUCCGACCCCUAAGCACACAACGCAUCACUGACUCGGAGCGGCAGCGCUGGAUCGCUGCGGCCGGAGCAGAUGCGAAAUUCCCCAGUGCCGACGCAUUUCGAUCGAAGCAAAUGCAGAUGGAGUCUGCCCUCAGCACCCCUCUGACAGAGGACGAUAUCAAGAAGAUGCUGGAACGCAAGCGUGAGCUACGUCAAGCAGCUGAGUCCCUCGGUUUGCAUGUGACGAGGCUGUCGAGCGACUCGGCGCCGUCGCAGGCCGCCGGCAUGCCAUUCUCCACAGCGGGCAGUGAGGGCUCAGGCGCUUAUGGAACAGGUGUUAAGCACUUUGAUGAGCAUGCGAUGGCGCAGAUCAACGAGCGCAAUCGUCGCUUGGACCGCGAGAGAAUUCAGGAGGCGGAGCGUCGUGCGGCACGUGCAAAGCGUGCCAUGGUGUCGAACGCCAGUGCCACAGGUGCCGAGACGGGCGCUCAACAUGACGCGAGUGCUACCGUCAGCACAACAGGCGUGGAUUCAGGUGCAGGUGCAAAUGCAAGCGAGAGCGCAAGCGCUGCACCUGACGGCCAGGACCACGCAGGAUCCAUGCCACAUGCCCCCGUGUCGGCGAUCCUUGCGUCAGCACCAGCUGGCUCCGCUGUCGUGCCCAACAUGGAGGUGGACUUGGGCGACUUUUAG